AACACAAACAAUCGCUCACUCCUUCUCAACGCUAGCUGUCAUUCCCGCUCACAAACACUGUGACAACUCAUUCGCAUAUACUGAAUGUCAGCACAGAAGCAAUCGGUGACUCUUCAUAUCUAUGAAGUGCCGGACGCAAAUCAAUACAUAAAUAUUUUUUCGCAAGAUUUGGGUGUUUUUCAUACGGGAGUCGAAGUUUACGGUAAAGAAUAUUCCUUCGGAGGACAUCCGCACGACUUCAGCGGUAUUUUUGUUACCCCUCCUAAGGAUAUCCGAUCCCUAAGUGUUAGCGAUACUUUCAAAUACAAGGAAUCGAAACUAAUUGGUUAUACAGAGCUAACUGAAGACAGUAUUCAACAAAUAGUGACACAAAUGGGUGCCCAAGAGUUUCGUGGAAAGGAUUACAAUCUGAUCCGCAAGAAUUGCAAUGACUUUUCAAAUGCAUUUUGUAAACCUUUAGGACCGGAUGUGACGGCGAUUAUGAUAGCCGUGAAGAUGCAGAGCUCGAAGCGGACGCUGCGGUCUAAUGAGAUAAGUGUGGCUAAAGUGAUGGACACGAACGCAGGCACUAUAGAGCUGGACCUGACUUUCUCUCUACAAUACCCGCACUUUUUGAAGCGUAACGGAAAUCAGUUGCAAAUUAUGGUUCAGAGACGCAAACGGUAUAAAAAUCGGGCCAUUUUGGGCUUCAAGACACUGGCCUUCGUUCUCAUAAAUAUGGCCGAAGUGUUACAGAAGUCGACCACUUCUGACCGCGAGUUAGAACUGAACGCUUACACCAAAGACACGGCCAAAAACGAGACGAUCGCCAGAAUCACCAUCUGUUCGCUGCGGAGUCAACCAAUUGAUUACGUGAGCAGUAGUAACGGGCGACCAAUGAAAGUGCCGUUAGACCACUCAUUGCUGGACAGAUCCGCCGAAGCGGACAGCGAUGACGAAGACUUUACGUCCGGCGAAGAGGGAAGUGAUAGCGAGACGAAUGAAGAGCCGUCGACGAGUCGCGGCCACAGCAGCAGCACUCGAGACCGAGUGAACGAAUGGCGCCGACAAGUGAACACUCGGAAGAAUAUGAAAUUAUUCACGAAUCGAGAGGUCGUCGGAUGCGAUCCAAACGCACAACAAAGGAAUGAUAGAAAUCUGAAGCAAAAAUUCAUAGCUUUGCUGAAGAAGUUUCGGUUACCGGACUCCGAGGCGUUCGACACCGAAGAACAAUAUCAGGCGGCACUCGAACAACAACUUAUGGCUUCCGAAGAGCUCCAGAACUCACGAGAAAUCGACGAAUUCUUCGAAGAGGAAGACAUCGACGACUUGAGUGAUAGCGGACAAGACUUUGACGACAUCAGCAUAUCUUCGAUCCCAAAGCCGAGUCUAAAACCAUUUUUCUCUUCGUGUUCUCUAUUAGGACCCGAAGCAGAGAUCUAUAACGGCGGAGAAGAAUCUAAGAAACGCGUCGAAUCCGAUAGUCAAGAGAACUCAGGGCCCGAACAAACGCCGGACACAUCGGACACGAGCUUAAAGCACACCCCGAAUGAGGCCAAGGGUUCGGUCGAGAAGGAGAAGAAAUCGAAACUUUUUAAAACAUUAUUUCAUAAGUAAUGCUAUAUUUUUGUGAAUGUAUUGUCAAAUGAAUUAUAGAAAAACACAAAACAUAAAAACAUUGCGAAUGAGUCGGAAGGGAAAGGCGUGUAUUUCACUGGCUUUAAUGCUUAGAGAUAAGGCCGGAUCGGAACGCCCAGUGGGUCCCACCUGUCGUCGUCUUCGUCGUCGUUAUUUGCUUUUUAACAAUACAUUGUUUUAAUACAAUUAAUAUCUCACUGUUUAAAACACAUGUGAAAUAACAUCUAAAUUAAUGGUUUAAAAUCAAAAUGAAUUUAGAACUCAAAAUGAAUAGUAAAAACAAUUUAGAGCUUCCAUUAGAAGACAUGUAUUUCUCAAUAGUAUAUCAAAUGACUAAAAAAUAUUUGAGACAAAACUUUAUAUUAAUUUUACAAACAAUAAGAAAAAAAACCC